UGACAAAAAAAAAGUUACAUCCAAUAUUUGAAGUAUAUGUUUCAUAACGCAUAAAAUUUCCCGAAACGUCAGAAAAUCAAUUUUCCCAACACCAAACAAAUAAAUAACAAAACAGGAAAGGAAAAAAAAAUCCCAAAACGUUGCGCUGAUUCUGCAGCAGCAAUGGAGGAACUCUUCGUAGCUAUACUUUCGAUGCUUCUGGUUGUAGCACUGAUUCCACUGUACUUAUGGAAACGCCGCCAGGAUUCUCAACCACAUCCUCACGCCGAUGAACCGGUCCAGGCUCCCCGGAGAGAAGCGGUGGUGCGCCCAGCCGGAAACCGCCGAAUGCGUCGGAGACCUGCUGCAUCUGGAGCUAGCAGUUCGACAGCUCCGCCUGCAACUGCCGAAGAGUCUGGCGAUGAAAGUGAGAAUGAAGCUGCUGGUGGCGAGAAUUACGAGGCUAGAGCAGCAAAGAAAAAGGAGAUUAAAAGGCAAGAGAGGGAAGCUCGCCGACAGGCUGAAGAUGCUGCACGAGAGUCGAAGCAGGCCAAACAAGAUCGUUACUCAGAGAUGCGGAGGUUGAAGGAUGAAGAACGUGAGGCAAAGGAGCGUCAGUUGGAAGAGGAAGCCAAAGCUCAGAAGGCUAAGGAGGAGGAGGCUGCGGCAAUAGAGUUUGAGAAGUGGAAAGGUGAAUUUUCAGUUGAUGAUGAAGGUACCCUUGAAGAAGAACAGGAUGGUACUGAAGACUUGCUAUCCAAUUUUGUUGAAUAUAUACAGAAGCAGAAAUGUGUUCCCUUAGAAGAUCUUGCUGCAGAAUUUAAGUUGCGAACGCAGGAAUGUAUCAACCGCAUCACCAAUCUGGAAAGUAUGGGCCGGCUUUCGGGUGUGAUGGAUGAUAGAGGGAAAUACAUAUACAUCUCGCAGGAAGAAAUGAAAGCUGUUGCUGAUUAUGUUAAGCGGCAGGGAAGAGUUAGCAUUUCACACCUAGCUAGUAAAUCGAACCAGUUCAUUGAUUUAGAGCCAAAAACUCAAUUCACAGAGGACAUUAGUAAUUUGGACGAGAUAACUGUCAACUGAAUCUGACAUAGUUUUUGACUACUUGGUGAAGGAAAUCAUGUGAUGUACAUCAGAAAAGAAAAGUUGCAUUCAUGUUAUACUGAAUAGGAGUUAGUACAUGACUUUGAUCAGCUUUAGUAUAUAACUGAAAAUUUGAAUGUUCUUUUCUGCCAAAAUUUGUAUGGAAAGAAAGGAAAUACAUAGAUGGGAAGUUUCCACGUUUCGUUUUCAGAAAGUAUUUUUCAG